GGUAAAUUGGUCUUCCAUGGAACUCCUAUAUCGGCCUCUGAUACUCUACUUCCUCUUACACACUCUCUAUCCCUCUCUAGGUUCUAACGGGGAAGGAGAGGCAAAAAUGAAUGCCUUUGAGAGGAUCGGGAGUAGUUCCAGACUGAGACAGCAGAGAGAUAUAAACAUGAAGGAGGAACUAGUGGAUCUCUCGCUUUCCUGAUUUGACGAGGGCACCCAUCGACUGGGGUAUUCCAAAUUGACCGAAUUCCCGUGCUGCCAUGGACCAAUUCAAUUCCGUUGGUCAAUUCACUCGCCUACGGGCUCCGACUCUAUACUGCUGAUAGGUCUACCCUAGCUGCCUAGACCGCAGCCAUCGCUCGGGGAGAUUUCCGGAAUCACAGGCAGCGUCGAGAACGGCGUACGGCGCAGAGAGGAGAGGUUGUAGGAGGAUCUUACGACUAUAGUUAGGUAAUGAAUAUCCUGAUUCUGAAGGGCAAAAAGACGAUUUCUGUGCAACAAUGCCUGGACGUUGGAGUGGCAGCAAACUCUAAUGGCCAGCCCACCCUCCACACAGCUAUUAUUACAUCUAGUAGAUGCGUUGUCUAGUUCUGAAACAAUCUCCCUGGUCGACGUCCCCUUCACCCGCACCCGGAAGGCAAGUCUGCAACAUCUACAUCUCUUUCAACCAUUGCAAGAUCUCAGAUACAAUUUCAUGGAUGCUGAAAUUGGCACAAAGGAAGCAAAGAGCAGAAGGGGCCGUCUUGGAAACACUGGUGUCUUUUUUUUCAGGGGACAAUAUAAAGAAGGGGAGACCUGUGAGAGAAACGUGCACAUAAAAAAGAAACCAUCCUUUUUUUGAGGGUGAGGAACCAACAUGAUCGAUAAUUUGAUCCAAUAAACUCUUCUUUCAGCAGAAUAAUGUAAAUAAAAAAUAUCAAGAAAAGAGAGAGGCCAGGGUAAAGAAAAAAAAAUAAGAAAAUGUGAAAUAAUAAUAAUAACAAAAAAAAGCCAUGUAUCAACAAAUCACCUGCACCUAUGUCUCCUCAGACCCGACAUACUGGAACAAAGACCGCACCGUCACUCCAAGAGGGCAAUCUGGAGAUUGAGAGUGAGAAAUACUAUUUUAUUAAUAUUUCAAUCAAUAAUAAUCAAAGAAUAAAUAAAAAUGGGGGAAAAAAAGAAAAAUUAGACUAACACUGCGGCCGC